CGCGGCACAAAAGCCCCGGAUGGGAGGGACCUUUUUGUCCCCUGGCGGCAGCAGUAGGAAGCGCGCGGCUCCUCCUGACGCCGCACUUCCGCCCUCUUCCUCUCCCCCCGUCUUGCCCUUCUUCCGACGCCGAGACGGGGUUCCGCAAAGCCAAGUUCCGCCGGAAGAGCUUCCUCUGCCGCCUCCUCCGAGACACCGCCCCCCGCCCGGACAACGCCACGCCCCUUCCGGCCUACACUGCAUGGGACCGCCCCUUCCGCCCGGGCCCCCUCCUGAUCUCCCGGCGCUCGCUCUGCUCGGGGCGCAAAGAGGGGGCCCUGCUCACCGCCUGCCUCCGCCUCCGCCUCCGCAAGCCUCUCCCCUGGAGCCACCAGUGAGGGCAUGAUGGGCCUUGUAGUCCGGCCCCAGAAGGAAGCCGGAAGGGCCCGGGAGGACGAGGAGUGAGGCCCACCUCUCCUGCUUCCGGGCAUUAAACCCCCCCCCCCCACUCUUUGAGGAAGGAAGGCAACCUUGAGUGUCUUGGUCUAUCUGUGUUGCUUCAGGGGACUCCCGAGUCCCAUCGUCCCAUCUCGGGGGCCACCAGUGGGGCGCUAGGAUGGAUCUAGGCCAGUGGUUCUCAA